UCGGGCAGCCCUCAGCGUUCAGGCCGCGUUCGAGCUCGUGGGGUCCUCAGUGGUUGUCGGCGCGGCGCAGAGCCCGAGGAGUUGAGCUUACCGGGCGGUGUGCGAAGUAGGUGAACCUUUCUCAUCAUGGAAACGGAAUUAUACGACGAGUUUGGCAACUACAUCGGGCCGGAGCUCGACUCGGACGAGGAUGACGACCUGGAUCGGGAGGACCGCGACGCGGAUGAGAUGGAUGAUGACGAUGAUGAAGAUGAACCAGCUGAUCAAGAUGAUGACCACCCAGGAAUGGAGGUUGUCCUUCACGAAGAUAAGAAGUACUAUCCCACUGCAGAAGAGGUGUACGGGCCAGAAGUGGAGACCAUCGUGCAGGAGGAGGAUACUCAGCCACUCACAGAACCCAUCAUCAAGCCUGUCAGGACAAAGAAGUUCACGCUGAUGGAGCAGGAGCUGCCUGCCACGGUUUAUGAAAUGGAGUUUCUGGCUGAUCUGAUGGACAGUCCUGAGCUAAUCAGAAACAUCACCCUCUGUGGACAUCUGCACCAUGGCAAAACUUGUUUUGUGGAUUGCCUGAUUGAGCAGACGCACCCUGAAAUCAGGAAACGAGCCGAUCAAGAUCUGCGGUACACGGACAUCCUUUUUACAGAGCAGGAGAGAGGCGUUGGAAUCAAAAGUACCCCAGUGACUAUGGUCUUGCCGGACUCCCGAGCCAAAUCCUACCUCUUCAACAUCAUGGACACGCCAGGUCACGUGAACUUCUCCGAUGAGGUGACAGCUGGAAUUCGGAUCUCUGAUGGCGUUGUGCUGUUCAUUGAUGCAGCGGAGGGGGUCAUGUUGAACACCGAGCGCUUGAUCAAGCAUGCGGUUCAAGAGAAACUGGCGGUCACUAUCUGCAUCAAUAAGAUCGACCGACUUAUCCUAGAGCUAAAGUUGCCCCCAACAGAUGCUUACUACAAGCUGCGGCACAUUGUGGAUGAAGUCAACGGCCUGCUGAGCAUGUACACCACUGAUGAGAACCUGAUUGUGUCUCCACUGCUGGGGAAUGUGUGCUUCGCCAGCUCUCAGUACAGAAUCUGCUUCACUCUCGGCUCCUUUGCCAAGAUUUACUCGGACACUUAUGGUGACAUCAACUACAUGGAGUUUUCAAAGAGACUCUGGGGAGACAUCUACUUCAAUCCUAAAACGAGGAAAUUCACCAAGAAAGCACCCAGCAGCAACUCUCAGCGUAGCUUUGUGGAGUUUGUCCUGGAGCCGCUCUACAAGAUCCUGUCACAGGUGGUGGGCGAUGUGGACACCUCUCUACCUCGAGUUCUUGAUGAGCUCGGCAUUCACCUGACCAAAGAAGAGCUGAAGCUGAAUAUCCGGCCCCUCCUGCGUCUGGUCUGUAGCAAGUUCUUUGGUGAUUUUUCAGGCUUUGUGGACAUGUGUGUGCAGCACAUCCCUUCUCCCAAAGAUGGCGCCAGAAACAAGAUUGAGCACACAUAUACAGGAGGCCUGGAUUCAGACCUGGGAGAGGCCAUGUCCGAGUGUGACCCUGAUGGGCCACUAAUGUGCCACACUACGAAGAUGUACAGUACAGAAGACGGUGUGCAGUUCCAUGCUUUUGGGAGGGUCCUGAGUGGGACCAUUCAUGCUGGGCAGCCAGUCAAGGUGCUUGGUGAGAACUACACUCUUGAGGAUGAGGAGGACUCUCAAAUCUGCACUGUAGGACGUCUGUGGAUCUCCAUGGCCAGAUACCAGAUUGAAGUGAACAGAGUGCCCGCUGGUAACUGGGUCUUAAUCGAAGGUUGUGACCAGCCAAUUGUGAAAACGGCGACAAUCACUGAGCCACGAGGCAAUGAGGAGGCUCAGAUCUUCAGACCUCUUAAGUUCAACACGGCUUCUGUGAUUAAAAUUGCAGUCGAGCCCGUCAACCCUUCAGAGCUGCCCAAAAUGCUGGACGGCCUGCGGAAGGUCAACAAGAGCUACCCAUCCCUCACCACCAAGGUCGAGGAGUCCGGCGAGCAUGUCAUCUUGGGGACAGGAGAGCUGUACCUCGACUGCGUAAUGCAUGACCUCCGCAAGAUGUACUCGGAGAUUGACAUCAAGGUUGCAGAUCCAGUGGUGACCUUCUGUGAGACGGUUGUUGAAACCUCCUCCCUGAAGUGCUUUGCAGAAACGCCCAACAAGAAAAACAAGAUCACCAUGAUUGCUGAGCCUUUGGAGAAGGGCUUGGCUGAGGACAUUGAGAACGAGGUGGUGCAGAUCUCGUGGAACAGGAAGAAGCUGGGAGAGUUCUUCCAGACCAAAUACGACUGGGAUUUGCUGGCUGCCCGUUCCAUUUGGGCAUUCGGACCAGACGCCACUGGGCCUAACAUCUUGGUGGACGACACUCUGCCUUCUGAGGUGGACAAGGCUCUGCUGGGGUCCGUGAAGGAGAGCAUCGUUCAGGGGUUCCAGUGGGGUACCAGGGAGGGUCCCCUUUGCGAUGAGCCCAUCCGCAAUGUGAAAUUCAAGAUCCUGGAUGCGGUGAUUGCUCAGGAGCCCCUGCACAGGGGGGGCGGCCAGAUCAUCCCUACAGCGAGGAGAGUUGUCUACUCAGCGUUCCUCAUGGCCACCCCCAGGCUGAUGGAGCCUUACUACUUUGUAGAAGUGCAGGCACCAGCGGACUGUGUGUCCGCUGUGUAUACCGUGCUGGCCCGCCGAAGAGGCCAUGUCACACAAGACGCCCCCAUCCCCGGCUCCCCACUCUACACCAUCAAGGCCUUUAUCCCGGCCAUUGACUCGUUUGGGUUCGAGACUGACCUGCGCACGCAUACUCAGGGCCAGGCCUUCUCACUCUCGGUCUUCCACCACUGGCAGAUUGUUCCUGGUGACCCCCUAGAUAAAAGCAUUGUAAUUCGUCCCCUUGAGCCUCAGCCAGCACCCCAUUUGGCCAGAGAGUUUAUGAUCAAGACGCGGCGCCGCAAGGGUCUCAGUGAGGAUGUGAGCAUCAGCAAGUUCUUCGAUGAUCCUAUGUUGCUGGAGCUGGCCAAGCAGGAUGUGGUGUUGAAUUAUCCCAUGUGAUGUGCCCUGAACUGCGGCCUGGAAUUGGGACAUUUAUGGCAUGUGAAGGAUAAUCUUCACAACGUAACACCAGGGGGCAGUGUCUGGACACCCUGAAGGUCAGGUGAGGCCUGUGAACUCGUGCCGGUUGGGCACACCUGUUUCCUCAGGACUGACGACAAGACUUUGGUGUUUUGUUUUUUUUAAGAAGACGAGACUAUUUUUAUAUGGGGGGGGGGGAGUGGAAGCAGAGGCUUGUGGCCUUGUCACUUAGUCAUUAAAUGAAUCCGUGUUGUGAAAAC